AUGUGCCCGAUUGGCGUGCAAAAUUCGCGGUUUCCGGCUUCGUUUUUGGGGCUGUUUUCUGGGCAGGACGAGGAGUGUGCGAGGGCGCUACUUGAGGAGGAGUCUUUGGAGAAGGAUCAAGUGAAGAUGGCGGCUGGCGGUCGUCGGGCGGGAGUCCGGUCAUCAUCAUCUGCCUUCCCCUGCACCACGAGAGUCCUCACCAAGUACCUGAAACAACUCCAACCAGAUGCCUCUUUCUCAGCGGUGGCCCUGUUCAUCAACAUGCGGACAGAGGCCCACAAGGAUGUGCACAACUGGGGCAUGAACAUCAUUACCCCGCUUUCGAAGUUUGAAGGGGGAGGCUUGCUGAUGGAGCCAGCCGGGGAGGAGUCCUAUCAGCUGAACGUGAGUGAGGAGACAGAUUGGUUCUCGUCGGAUACCACAGUGGCAAAGGCGAAGGGAUUGGGAUCACCGAGCGAUUUCCGUCCUCUGCACUCGAUCAAUGAAGACUUGGAGAUGGUGCUCAAGGAUUUGGACGAGCGGGCAGCAAGGCUGAGAGACUUGCUUGGGGAGGAAGAGAUCCUUGCAGAAGAGUACCGCAGGUGUGGAGACAUUACGAGGGAGACGCUGAGCGAUGCCAGGAGUGAGGUGUCGAAAUUCUUGGAGGAGACCCAUGAGCAGAUCGUGGAGCUCGAACGAGUCCGCACGUUGAACUGCUUGAGGAUUGCUAGCAUGGCUACAGGCGAUCCGGCGACGGCAGAGGUGGACUAUGAGCAACUAUUGGCGGACCUGGAAGGAGACUUGGACGUUAUUCACAAUGUGCCCUUGGAACAAGUGAAGGGCUUUCUCUCACGAUGGGUGGAAGCCAUCAAGGAGAAGGUGACGCCAGCAAAAUGUGUCUUCACGCUCAAACCUCCGAAAUCGAAGGGAGGCAAACACAGACGGAAAUGUCGUACCGUCAUUUGUGGGAGUUUCGUCGAUCCCUCCAACAUGUCCCUGUAUGCCUCGGGCGCCAGCACGGAAGCUUUGCGAGUGGCACUAGUGACUGCGGCGAUCAAUCACUGGGAUGGGGCUACUGCUGACAUAGUGACUUCUUUCCUCUUGGCGACGUGGCUUGGUGACAUGCCGAAGUAUGGGAUGAAGCCGCCAAAGGUGGUGAGGGACGCAGGAGCUGCUGGUGAUGAGACGUGGGUCAUUGUACGUCCGUUGUAUGGACUCAGGGAGAGUCCAGCCAUAUGGAGCAACUUCAGGUUACAUGGCCUUGUCGCGACGUACGGCGAUGAUUUGUUCUACUUCGGCAACACCCCGGUGAUCCAGUGCCUGCACGACUUCGUGAAGGAAGAGUGGCCUACCUCUGACUUGGAGCGGAUCAACGAGAACACCGCUGUCAGAUACUUGGGAGUCGAGGUGAAAAAGGAGGGAGCCAGUUACAGCAUUGGCCAGCAAGCAUACAUCAUGGAACUGUUGCGUACGCAUGACCUACAGGACACGUUGCACACGGAACUUCCGGUACCUCGUGAAUGGCUAGAGCAAGUGGAGCUUCAAGACCCAGAGCCCGAGGAUUUCUCCGAGGAGGAGUUGCGCAUGGGCCAACGAUAUGUUGGCGAAGUUUCCUGGCUAGCCAUGAAGACGAGACCAGAUAUCGUUUUCGUCGUGAAUCACACGGCGAACCACGCAGAACUCUAUGCCGCCACUCAGGGCUGCAACCUCCUGGACUCGAUUGCGGCCAUCUUGGAUGAACUGGCGCCAGGUGUCUACAAGCGCGUGCUGGCUAUAGACAACACAUCGGCGGCUGCGAUGUGCCGAGGUGGACCAGGGUCGCAAAGGACACGACACUUGAAAAUUCGAGCGCAUUAUUUUCGGGAAGCCACUGAGCUGGGACUGCUGGAGAUUCGUCACACUCCGAUGACAAAGGUCCGCCUUCGCCAAAUCGCAGAGACCUUGGCUACUCUCCAGUUGAAGAUCCUAGCGGCGAUCCUCACAGUGGUCUCGUUGUUCACACCGGCCACCGGGCGUUCGCUGGAAGAUGAGGACUUGAAGGAGCCGAUCCCGCCAGUGCACUACUUUGAGCUCAUGUGCAUCACCAUGAUGAUAUGUGCCUUGGUCAUCGGUUGCUGGGAGAGUGCGAAACUGGUGUAUCGAUGGGUGCUUCGACAGCAUCGGCGUGCGAGGAAGGCAUCGAAAUUGGAGCAGAUGAGGAAUCUGGUUUCGAGGGCAGCCCAAACUGAAGUCGCAAUCCAGGCCACAGCAGCUGAUCUGGAUGAGACGCCGAUGACCAUGAUGGAAGCACGGAGUCCGCAGCCGGCGGCCCUGCGAAGACGAGCAGAGCAAGCUACGAGCCAGAAUUCCCCAACUACCAACCAUGAUGGCCUAUCAGUUUUCUCAGAUGUGCCCACGGAAGUUCGCCAAAAUGAUGCUGAUUUGAGAGAAAGCUUGGGAGUGGCUAGGGACCUCCUCAUGCUGAUGACGGUUGAACAUCUCCGACAGGCGUUGAGGAUUCAAGGCCAGCCCACGUCAGGCGUGAAAGGAGAUUUGGCAGAGAGGCUGAAGAAUUACUUCGGAGCUGAGGAGCCUCCCGCUGGCUCUAUGCUCCCUUCCACCAGGCAGCUUCGCUUUUUCCUCUACAUCUGGCGUCAUCGCAACUUUUCCGGCCGACAUCACCUGAUUUGGCGUGGACUGCUCCCGAAGGGAUGGUCCAAGGAGGAGUGUUGCCUGAGGUUGAUUGCUGCGGCGCGACUCUUCAGAGCCGGAGGCUCGAAUCGAGACAGGCCAGAACAUCCGACAUAG